CCUGGGCCUCCCCGGCGAGCGGCCAAGCCCGGCCCUGGGCCGGCACCCGCCGCCCGUGGCCACCAGCAGAGAGAAGCAGGCCCGCAUGGUGCAGGGCCGCCCUGCCCAGCCCCCAGAACCCAAAGUGCUGAGAAUCGCCAUCAUCGGAGCGCCCAACGCCGGCAAGUCCACGCUUUCCAACCAGCUCUUGGGCAGAAAGGUUUUCCCAGUCUCGAAGAAAGUGCACACAACCCGAUGCAAAGCACGCGGUGUCAUCACGCAUGAGGACACACAGCUGAUCAUUCUGGACACGCCUGGUCUCACUUGUCCCAUGAAAGCCAAAAGGCAUAAACUAGAGGCAGCCAUGCUGACAGACCCGUGGGACAGCAUGAAACAUGCAGAUCUAGUUCUGGUUUUGGUGGAUGUCUCAGACCAUUGGACACGAAACUCUCUGAGCCUGGAGGUGCUGAAAUGUCUUUCUCAGUUUCCUCAGAUUCCCAGUGUCCUGGUUCUGAACAAGGUGGAUCUGCUAAAGAAGAAGUUCAUCCUGCUGGGACUCAUAAAUGAGCUAACAGAGGGAAUUCUAAAUGGAAAGAAACUGAAAGUGCGGUCUGAAUUUGAACAUAAUUCCAGUUCUCCUGCAAAAACUGUUCUUAAAGUCACUCAGACUCCUCCACCUGAGAACAGAGCUCAGGAGUCUCUUUGUCAGCUGGAAACAGAUAAAGCCCAGGAAGGCUCUAGUUUGGAUAACAGCAGCACUAUGAAGGCUUCUGAGUCCAGUCCUGUUACAGAAGCAGAAGGGCAAAAGGCCUACAAAUAUGGAGAUCUGAAAAAUAGGAAAGGCUGGCCACAUUUCCAGGAUAUCUUCAUGCUGGCAGCUCUCAAUGGAGAGGAAGUGGAUACGCUGAAGCAGUACCUCCUGAUGCAAGCCAAGCCAGGUCCGUGGGAGUUCCACAGCAGGGUCUUGACCAGCCAGUCACCUCAUGAGAUCUGUGAUAAUAUCAUCAGGGCGAAGAUACUGGAGUACCUGCCACUGGAAGUCCCCUAUGGUGUGACUCAGGUGACAGAGCUAUGGGAGGAAGGGCCAAGCGGGGAGCUCGUCAUUGUGCAGAACCUUGUGGUCCCAAGAAAGUCUCAUAAGCUGAUGUUGAUUGGAAGAAGAGGUGCAGUUAUCAGCAGGAUCGCCCAGGAGGCCGGGCAGGACCUGAUGAACAUUUUCCUCUGUGAUAUCCGCCUGAAGCUCAAGGUGGAGGUGAAGAGUUGAACUCUUUGUGUAGGUUUUGACUGCCAUUGAGCUCAAGUGGAGAAACUCGUCCUGUUUUCUGCUGGAGGUAUCUUAACACCUUCGUUUAAUUCAGGAACAGAGGGAGAUGGAAUCAAGAUAGCAGGCUGAAGUAGAAUAUAUUAUUCUUUAGGGGAAUGGCCCAGAUGGUAAUAAAAUCUUCAGAUCUACAGUGUGGAACCUGGGGAUGCACAUCACAGCACCCCCAGUGCAGUUCCAGCACAUUUGCAGACUUGUCAUCUUCUUCAAGGCUGUGCCUUGCAUUCGUGCUUGGAAAUUCAGAAUGACUUGAGUCAAGAGUCUGACUCAAGAAGGGAAGGGUGGAUAUUGUGAUUCUUUGAAGUGUGAGGGAACAUCUCCUGCCUUUUAGCAAAGGCUUGCAGUGAAGGAUUAUCAGCACCCAUCUAUUACCUCUUCUGAAGGCUGAGUGAUUCCAGCAAGUAAGGCAGGAGGCAGAGGCUCCCCCAGCCCACACAGUGGUCUCAUUUUUCGCAGUGUUCCUUGCCCUGUACUCUGUUAAAGUUCAUGGGUGUGAGCACAACUGCCAGAGGAGUGAGUAUUGCCAAGGGAGGGUCUGUGCCUGUACAUACCUUGUUUUUGGUAUCGGAUGGGGUCCUGCCUUUACAUCUAUUUGGCAGUUCAGCUGAUGAAUGAAAGCUGAGGGGUUGGGUCUGAAGACUCCUUGGAGCAGCAUUGCGUAGGUGCUUGCUUUUCAUACACAGACAGAUGGCAGCCCUUUUCUUAGGGACUUGAAUAGUUUAUUGCAGGAACGUUACUACAAAGCCGUUACUCUUUGCACCAGGAUAGAAAGCUAGAGAGUGGCAGAGCUGAAGGAAAGCUUGUGGUUGGAACAGCAGCUCAGGUGGGGUUUGAGAUCAGUCUCAGGAGGCUGUACUGCAGCACUGCAUUGCAUUUACAGUGGUUUCUGGGAAGGAGCUCUGUGCUAUGUGUACCCCUGGGCUGGAGGAAGGGGGCUGCUGGGUUCUUCUGCCUGGAACCUAAACUUGUUGAGCAAGGGCUCAGUGUCCCUCUGCAAGGGGCUGCUUUACCAACCUGCACUGAGCCACCAGUACCACACCAGGAGCAUCAGGUCACCCAAAUCCACCCAAAAAAUCCUCCAAGGAGCAAGCGUUGGCUUUCCUUUACCACCAUUCCGUGAAUCCAUCUCACCCACCUAUUGUUUUUCUUUCCCUUGCAAUAAACCCAGCACCGUUCUAUUAAAACAAUCGCGCAGAUAAAGCGAGACGGUUA